CACACAAACAAAACGCAAAAAUGCUCUAGUUAAUAAUUAUAUAAUUAAUAAAAUAAUAACAGGAAGAAACGCGGCGCAACUAGCUGUCCUGCUCUGGAAUCGACUGGAAUGACUGACUGAAGUUUGAAGAUAACCUUUUUUUAAUUGUCUUUUUUUAAACCUUACUACGUCACUUCAGCAAUUCCAGGAAGUCGAGCACUAUCAAAUAGCACAUUCUGACGCCGAUUCUGCUCUCUGUUUUCCACCACUUUUGCUCUUUUUUUGUUUUUUGGACUGCUGCAAAACGUCACGGGGAACUAGCUUAACAUUUGUGCUAGCGUCAAAACUUUUGGUCGCCUUCUGCCCCCCUCUCACAUGACAAGCUAUCCUUCCGCGAUAGUUUGCUUUUUUGUUACGAUAUUAUUACGCCGUUAGAGUCGGUUUAAAGUGAAAUUAUGGCCAUCACGCCGCCGUCUUCACUCCAGCUGCGAGCGACAGAUGUGCUUCGAAAAGAGCACCUGGACGACGGAGGUUUUGGAGAGGUGUACCUGUGCUAUCAUGCCCGCCUCGGUGCUGUGGUGAUGAAGACCAUGUAUACGGGGCCUCUUCGCAGUGAGGAGAGCAAGAGGUCUCUACUGGAAGAAGGUAGCAUCAUGGCGAGCCUGAACCACAAGCGUGUGGUCAGGUUGCUGGGCGUCAUCAUGGAGGAGCGAGGUUGCUCUUUGGUCAUGGAGUUGAUGCCCAGAGGCAACCUGCUGGCCAUGCUGGAGAAGGUCACUGUGCCGGUAUCAAUCAAGGGGAGAAUUAUCUUAGAGAUCUUAGAAGGGAUGGUGUAUCUUACCGAGAAGAAAGUCGUACAUCAGGACAUCAAGCCGGAGAACAUUUUAAUUGACAAAGAUUUUCACAUCAAGAUUGCCGACCUUGGCCUUGCCACCUGCAAGACGUGGAGUAAACUCACUAAGGAGGAAUCUCUCAAGAAAAGUCGCACGGGCCUGUCAGUCAGGACGAGGGCUGCGGGCACGCUAAGCUACAUGGCGCCCGAGCACCUGCAGAGUGUCAACGCCAUCUCCACUGAGAAAUCGGACAUCUACAGCUUCGCAAUCGUGGUCUGGGUGGUCGUCACAGGGAAAGAGCCCUAUGCAAAUGCCAGAAAUGAAGAUCAAAUCAGCCAGUGCGUCCGCAACGGCGACCGCCCAGCGAUGGACCUCAUCCCCGACAACACGCCGGCAGAGAUCAUAAACCUCAUGCUGAUGUGCUGGGAACACAACGCAGUACAAAGACCGACAUUUAUAGAGUGCUACAACAUAUUUCGUCCCUUCUACGAGACGGAGCUCGCACCACAUGUGGAGAAAGAUUUAGUUCAUCUGCAGGCUCUGUACGAAGGCCCAGAGCAGCUUGUUGACAAAAUGAAGUCUCUAUCAAUGACUGAUGAAUGUAUUUCAACAGAUUGUCCAGCUUUUCUGGAGAGCACAGAAAAAAGUGUCAAUGGGCCUGUUGAAGCCAGUAUUGAGGACAUAGAUGCCAUCUCACAUGAAACAAAUAUAGAGUCAGGGGCAGCCCACAUUGACCCAGAGGUCUCCUUGGAGGAGAAACUGCAACAGGAGUUAGACUAUCACAGACAUGGCAGCUACAAAUGCGACAGCCAGUCUGACAUUCUCAAUAGCCAGCCCCAGGAAAACUCCCCAAAUAUCCUGUCUAGCGUUACAAAUAAUAACAGACCUAGCCAACCGGAGCACAACAUUCCGUUCGUGUCCUCUGUCCAUUCCUGGACAAAAGCGGAACCUGUGCAGCCCAGCAGCCAGGAAGAUGCUCAAUAUCAUCCUGCUGCCCGCCUCCACGGGUCGAUGACUGCUUCCACGCCAAAGUCAUCCCUCUUACAAACAUCUACCAGUGUGAAUUCCCUGCCACCUUUCAAUCAGGAACAUCCAGAUUCCCACUAUAUCCGCCAGCAGUCCUGGCCUGCCUCCUCAGUGUCGGAAACAUCGGGGUAUGCUCGUGACUUGAAGAAGGGUGGAGUGUCACAAGAUUUCGGUACAUGGACAGGGUCUCUUUGCAUCAGUAAUGCAAGGGGAAUCCAGAUUGGUAACAACAACAACCUCAGUAUCCACAACUACGAUCCCACUCAAUGUUUUUCAUUACUUCCGGGAAAGAUAUGGACCAGCUCUCAGCUCAGAGAAGGAAUUCAGAAAUAUGAGAAGUGUGCUGUGACCGAAGAGCACCUUGAAGUUCUGAGGAAAAACAUUGGCGCCAAAUGGAAGUUGUACGCACGGCGUCUGGGUUUGAGCGAUGUGGAAAUAGAGACCAUCGAGCAUGACUUCUCCCUGGACGGCCUAGCGGAGAUGGUGCACCAGACGCUUCAACGCUGGAAAAUGAAAGAAGGAAGCCUUGGCUGUACAAUUGGGAAGCUCUGCUACGCUCUUGAAGGCGUCAUAGACGUUGAUGUCAUUCAGAAAAUAUUGAACAUAUGUGCUUCAACUUCCAGUAUCUAAUGAAAUUCUGUCUUACGUAGUUCCCCUUAGAUUUCCCAAAAUCUCCUUUGAUGCCUAUAGUUCCAAUCAAUGUAAUGCGUUACUGUGUAUUACGCUGGGAUUAGGGUGCUCCUCCUUCAACAUGAAUUCUAAUUGGUCUAGAGCAGUGGUCACCAACAUGGUGCCCGCGGGCACCAGGUAGCCCGUGAAGACCACUUGAGUAGCCCGCCAGUGCCUGGACAUUGUGAUUUGCUAGUAGAAAUUAUGAUUUAAAAAUGCAAACAUUGGCAGUACUGUGAGACAUUUCGAAACACGAUCAAAGUCUGACAAUUUAAAUCAUCAAGUAUUAAAAAUAACACAUCCUCAUAUUAUUGAAGGUAUUUUGGACAAAUAUGUUAUUUCAGACGUGUAUCAAUUUGGUAGCCCUUCACACAAUCGGUACACAUGAAGUUGCUCUCACCCUCAAAAAUGUUGGUGACACCUGGUCUAGAGCCAUAUAGAAAAUCUGUUUGAAAAUAUUCAACUCUUGUUUGAGAUUAUUUUUGCAUUUUGAUGAAUCAUCAUGCUUGUGAGACAAAAGUUCAUGUACCAACACCGAAAUGGUUUUCUAAGAUGUGGGAACACACAAAUGUUGCAACAAAAAAAAAAAGCGCGGUGUGUGCACCGCUCUUAAAGGGCCAUAUUCUUGCGCACUAUUCUGGCAGCGCAGAUUCAUUUCCGCAAAUGAAUGCUAGAUAUGCACUUAGGGUGAAGCAACAUUAGCAUGCAUCCAUUCCCUGACAAAUCUACAUUCUCGAGACGAGGGGUGCCCAAACCUUUUGGAUCGAAGAUCUACUUUUCGAUCAACUAACCUCCCGGGAUCUACCCUUACCGGCACGCAGGCGCGUACACGUACACGUACACACGCACACACACACACGAUGAGAAAUGGCCUGAAACAGAGGCAUGCGACGCACUUUUGCAGGCUGUUAACUAUCGUAGCUCACACGUUCCGUUUUAAAGUGCUUCCCUGGGCCCUCCUAGAUUCCUAUUCUUUGCUCGUGCCCUCGGUGAAUUGUACACGAAGCAAACUCUGAAUGAGAUUAAUGAUGAUAAAAGAUAGAGCGUAACAGCUCUGAUCACAAGCUGCAAUUGCAGACUGCUGAGCGCUAACAACUUCCGGUGACGUAAUCACGCGCCACCGUAAAUUUAUGAUUUACCUGCUUUAUUUUAUUUUUAAAUAUUUUUUGGGUGAAAAUGAGUGAUAAGAUGAUUAGGGUGCAGCGCACAUGAACACAAAAAAUAUGAUACGAACAUGUACAAAGACACACAAAUGGUUGUUUGUUUUUUUUCUCCUCGACACUCUUCGGAUCUACUUGGGACCUGUCUUGGAUCUACCGGUAGAUCAGGAUCGACGUAAUGGGCACCCCUGCUCUAGACAAAUUAAGCACUUUUACUCUUAAGAAUUCAAGGCCUAGAGAGCUGUAAGUCCAACGGCCUGUGAAGGUGAAAAAAAUCAUUGCAUUGCAAGUUUGGAUUCAGUUACAACAUGCGUUGCCACACAUUGUAAGAGACUCCUAGAAAGCUAUUCAAUAUUUUUUGAGAGACUGAACCAUCAAUAUUUUUUUGAGCCGAUCAAAGAGGCACUGUGAGUCGACUUGUAACAGUAUUUUUGUUGUGAUAAUUACUGGCAAAGAAUAUCGACAGCAGCGGUCUUAUUUUCGCUUACAAAUGCCAUGAGUUGCUUCAGGUAUAGUGCCGGCAUGAAAAGACGAGCUUUUUUAUUUUUUUAAACCCAUGUUGGAAUUGCUUCCAUGUUGGUCAUCAAAACAUGUGAAUGUGAUCAAAUGACUUGAUUGUUCUGUCUUGCAAGGAAGUUUGGGCAUUGAUCCAAGGAAGGACAAGCACACCCCCUUGAAAUGAUGGACCUCCAAACAUCCUUUCAGCGAUCUCUUUCUCUCGCUCGCUCUCUCCCUCUCUAUGUGUGUGUGUCAGGCUAUCGGGCCUUUGCUGAAAUUAAAAUCACUUCUCACGUUGCCUUUGUAUGAAACGUUUGGCAUGUAGUUUCAGUUUCACAGCACAGAAACUGAAGUCUUCUGUCCAUUAAAUGGCUGACCACAUUAAUAAAUGCCAUGCUGUUGAUUUUCCAUUCACCUUUUGUCACGUUUGAUCCUCUAGAUUUCAUAAUUUUCUCAAAUACACUUGGGAAAAUUAAACUCUUGAAACGUG